GCAUAGUGUGCGCUCCAAAAAUAUUCCACCGCAUAGUGUGCGCACCUCUCUCUCUCUCUCUCUCUCUCUCUCUCUCUCUCUCUCUCUCUCUCUCUCUCUCUCUCUCUCUCUCUCUCGCUCUCUCCCUCUUUGUCUCUACAUGUCAAUCUGCAGCUAUUAAAUGCGUGGCGGUGAAUCCUCCUCUCUAUUUGGACCUCUCCUCAACAUCACAGUGAAAAGAGAGCCGUGGGAAAACGCUAAAAAAAUUCUUAACUGCAGCUGUUGGGGCUGAUCGGGCGUGAAGGACAAGUCGAGCUACUAUCAGAGCAUGGCAAGUCCUCUGGAGAAGGUGGUGGCCCAGAAGAAAGAGGCCAUCGAGGCUGUGAUGGAGAGUUUUGAGCGAGGGGCUGAGGUGUUGGCCAGCGCAGUAGGGGAGCUCUUCCCUCUCUGCGAGGCAGCCGCCCCUGUCCUACGACUAGCCCUGGACAACGUGCAGAGCAAAGAGGUCUUCUAUGUCAAAGAGCAGUUCCUGGCCGUGAGGAACAAGCUGGACUUACUGUCCACCCAGCUGGAGGACAUUGACUGUGAGAUUAAGAAGGGCCGGCUGGAUUCCCAGUACUUCUCGGUGGAGGAGAACAUCAGGAACCAGUUCCGAAAGUACAUGGACAUUCUGGAGGCCAAGUCACAGUUUCGGGAGGUCAAGACGAGGUUGUUUCUGGAACACUUCUCCAAGACCGGAGGGGAGAAGAACCUGUAUGUGCUGUAUGAUGCUCUGAUGGGAACCAACAGCUUUGGGGAGUCCAUCUUAGAGGUGGUUGAGAGGUAUGAGGCGAGAAACAGGCGCAUACUGGAGGACUUCUGUGUCAGGAUGAAGGAGCUCUUCUGCCUGGGCCUGAUUGCCCUGCUGGGCCACUGUGCCCUCACCAAGGGCCCCGAUGAGGAGCAGGAAACCAUCCAUGACUGGAGCAGCAAAAUUGAGAAAGUGGAAUCAAAGAUGAAGGCAUGCAUCGAAGUCUGCGUAGCAGCCUUCCCUGAACAGGCCUGCCUUGACGCCCAGCGUCUUCUCCAGGAAAAAGAUGAACGCAAUCUUCAGGACACGGCUCAGGAAGUACAGGAAUUCCUCACCAGGAAGUACGACUGGGUGAGCUGGUCGGUCCGAGUGGUUAACCACUCUGGCAGCAGCUAUCGGAACUGGCGUGCCGGGGACCACUUCCAACACAUGGCUGGUCAGAACUGGUUCGAGGUGUUGCAGGUGAACGAUACCAACCUGGUGGUUUCCUACAGCACCAGACCCCAACCGGUGCCCCUCGACUGCAUCCGGCAACUGAUGGAGGGGCCGGGGAAGAAGGGCGGUGCCCAGGCCGUGGUGGAGGUCCUGGAGAAGCAGCUGGCGGGGUUCGUGGUGCAUGCUGUCAGUCGCCACAAGGAGAGCGAGGCCACCUGGAGCUUCCCUGAGGACUGCCACUACUGGGAGAGGCACAAGAACGUGGCGCUGUGCGUACACUCAGAGUGAUGCUGAUAGAGGUGCAACAAGUCAGACAAAUAGGGAUCAUUUAUGUAAUCAACCAGAGGGGUUAUUCUAAAUUCUGAAUUGACCACCUCAAAGAGGAUGUGUGGGGAAUUAUAGUAAAUGGUGAUGAGGUUUUGUGAAUUCGCCAUGUAGUUUGUGCUAGUCAUUACGUAAUACUAUGCACUGUGUAUAGCAAGAAGCUUUGGUGGCAAUUAGAUUCACUGUAUAUAAAUCUGAAUGUAUUGCUAAUUUGAGGCAGUGUUACCAUAGCCAAGUGUUUGCAGAGUAUUUAAUGAACUAUAUAUGCAUUUUAUUAUAAGUGACUAACCCCUACCAUAGCGUAUGACCACAUUUUACUCAAUACUCUCUCAUAGUUAAAUAGCUUAACUCAAUGCAUCUUACCCUACUGCCAAAUACUCAGUUGUUGUGAGGAAUAACCUUGCUGGCCAUAAUUCCAAAGAGAUGAUUUUGCUGAGAUUGCAACUGCUGAGCUGUGCUCUCAUUUUGUCUCUCUACGACACAGGCUGGCCUACAUUACACUGAAAGAGAGCAUAGAAGCUGAUUUGCCGACCGUGAAAACAACUUGGCACUCAGUGUUCUCUACUGUGCCUUGUCUUCACAAUACACUCAAACCCUUGCUUCUGAACCCAUAUCAAGCAUUCUGCAGUAGCAGAACUUUAAUGGUAUUACCUCCCGAGCUGUGCCUAUUUGUGAACAGAUUAUUUAUGCCAGUUGUUACAGCAUGGAUGUGAAGUGAUGUUUAAUUGACUAAUCUUUCUAAUUCGCACUAAUUCAGUCAUAAUAAAAACAGCAUCCAAAUUCUACAUUAGUCAUUAUGCUUUAUGACAAUAAACGGUAACACAUCAGCUGUUAUUGGAUGUAUACUG